AAAACAUCGAGUCUUCAAAAGAAAAAAAAAAAAGAGAAACUUUUUUCUUUCUUUUGGGAUAUUUGAUUUUGAUAUCUUCACUCUCAGUUAGCCGGCUGUCGGAUCGUAAAGUAAAGCCAUUAUAUUGAUCUGAAGAAGAGAGACGCAAUACAAACGAAGAUAAGUAAAAGUUUUCUCGUUUUUGAAGCUAGAAUUUGCCAAUACUUGGUUAUAACAAGAAACAACACCUAAUACUCUUUUUGCCUAAGCUAUCAGGAUUGCAAUUUGCAAAUGGUGGCGGCCGAAUCAGAUAUGAUGGCUCAAUCGGAAGUUAAUUCACCCGCGAUGACGAGCAACUUAGAUCCUCAUAACAAUACCAAAACCAAUCAGACUACACAAGAACAUAAUCAAAAUCACAAUGACGGAAAUAGCAAUUAUGUGUUCCCGAAUUUGGGGCGACAGUCUUCGAUAUAUUCCCUUACGUUGGACGAGUUUCAGCACACUCUUAGCGAGAACGGAAAGAAUUUCGGGUCGAUGAAUAUGGAUGAGUUUCUGAACAGUAUUUGGACCGCAGAGGAAAAUCAAGCACAUCAUCAUCAUCAUGAUAAUACGAAUGGAAUUCAUGUGCAGCCAAAUCAAGCUCAUAAUAAUGUCGGUGUGGACCGUGUGAUAACCUCUUCAGUUAGUAGAGGGACAAUAUCUAAGCAGCCGAGUUUGCCUAGGCAAGGUUCGCUUACGUUACCGGCUCCGCUAUGCAGCAAGACUGUCGAUGAAGUUUGGACCGAGAUUCAGAGGAGUCAUCGGCCUGAUGAGGAUGAGCAGCAGCCGAAUCAGCAGCAACCGCCGGUAGGGACUUCUACGUCGACUCAACGACAACCAACAUUCGGAGAGAUGACUCUAGAGGAUUUUUUGAUUAAGGCCGGUGUGGUACGAGAACAAUGUGGGUCCGGGACAGCGAUGCCAUUGGCAUCGAUUACCCCUGCGCCAUCCGCUCAGCACGCGCCUCCUCAUCAGUACGGGUUUAGUACUCCACAGAUUGGUCCUGCAUUUGUCACCCGGCCCAUGAUGGGGAUUGCUCCAGGAGGGCCCUACCAAACUAUACCGCCGACUGCAGGAGAGGGAUCCGGGUAUACAACGAAUGGGAAGAGAAAUAAUGGGUAUCCAGCUCCGGUGGUGGGGCCCUCAGUGGCAUGUUAUGGCGGUAGGAUGACUAAUGGAGGGGCUUCUGGAGGAGGAUUUGCCCCUGGGCCUGGGUUGUCCCCGGUUAGUCCGGUUUUGCCCGAAGGUAUGUGUGGACCUGGCCAGGUGGAUAAUUCGGGUUGUCAGUUUGGGCUCGACAUGUCGACGUUGCGUGGGCGGAAGAGGAUUAUUGAUGGACCGGUUGAGAAGGUCGUAGAACGAAGGCAAAGGAGGAUGAUCAAGAAUCGGGAGUCCGCCGCAAGGUCUAGAGCAAGGAAACAGGCGUAUACGGUAGAAUUGGAAGCAGAACUAAACCAAUUAAGAGAGGAAAAUGCACAAUUAAAGCAGGCCUUGGCAGAAAUCGAGGCACAAAGGAAGCAGCAGUGUAACGAGGAGCAGAACGUACAGAUAGCACUUAGCAGGGCGCAACGAGCUCAAGGAAAAUUGAGAGCGAUGAGAAGGAGCGGGAGCUGCAAUCUUUAGGUUAGUACACGAGAAACCCGAGUCCGGAUAAGUGACUAGUAUUUCAAUGUAUGCUUAUCUUUGGAGAUUAAUAACUAGUUAUCGUUUCGUUUAGAUUACAUUAUACACAGCAAAACGACAUACUUCAUUCCGAGCACUGCUCUUCGGUUGUUAUAUUUGAUCUUUGAGACGAUGUAAAUAUUUCUUUC